GAAAAAUGAACGGUGAGAUAUUAAUAUAGUGGUCAAGGCACCAGCGAAGGUUCCCCUGGAGUGUUUCUUUGUAUAAUCGAUCCAGAAAAGACUCCGAAAAUCAUGAAAAGCUGAUAAAUCUGACGACUUUUGCAAGAAAGACGGACUCCGAUGAAUGCUUUAUGUAUCAGAGAAAUUUAGAAGUCAAGAUAAACCAUGAAGUUGCCGCCAGCUAAACUUGUCUUGACCUGCACUGGCAAUGUUUCUGAUAAAGAUCUUGAGGAGAGACUAGCUAAGAUAAAGACUGCACUCGAAGGUCUAUCAAAAUCCAAAGGUAACUCUGUGAACCUGUCCAAAGUUGAGCCAUGGAACAGUGUCCGCGUCACCUUCAACAUCCCAAAAGAAGCUGCAGCUCGUCUCAGAGAAUUGGCCCAGCGAGGCGACCUCAACCUUCACAAGCUUGGGAUUCUGACGGUGCAGGUUGAGAACGGGGAGACCAUCUCUCUCCCACCUCCCCCACCUGAGGCACAACGUAGCCUGUUCUCACCCCCUCCACCGACCCCGUCAGGCACACCCCAGCUGCCUCCUGGCCCUCCCCUUGUACCCCCAUCCCCUACCCCCGUGUCCUCGCCAGUUGUUCCAGCAUUGACUCCCACUCCAGGAAUGAUGGUCCCUGGACAUGGACUAGGAGCAUCAGUGACAGGCCCAAACUUCGCCGUACCUGGAGUUUCUGUCCAGCAGAUCACCAGACCCUCCCUCCAGCAUGUCCAGGGUUUACAAACCCAAGGAGUCGCCUCCCUCUUCUCUCCGCAAGGAGCUGGAAACCUCUGGAAUUCCAUGGGUGUUCCCCAGCAACGCCCUCUCCAGCCUCCGCCUAGUUUCUGGAAUCAGAUCCCUCAGUUUUUCCCACAGGUGAACAUGACACAGGCCAAUCAGCCUCCUCAAGUCUUACCCAGCGGUCCCCAAAUUCAACCUGUGUCGCAACCAAAGCCACAACCCAAAAAGAGGCGUAAAAGAACCAAGAAGGCGAACAUACAACCCCCUGAACUGGCUGUAGCAGCAGGGCAGCCUCUGCUACCACUCCCUCCUCACUUGCAGUCACUGCCAACUACAAGUACAAGUACCCAAGACAGUACAGACAACUUCAAUACCAGCAAACCGUCAAAUCUAACUCUACCACCAAGCCUUAUUGACAACCCGAUCAGUCCAAAUACACCACCAUCAACCGCUAUGUCCACAAGUGCAACUACCACUGCACCGGUAGUUGCAUCAUCUGUUUCACCAGGAACCCAGUUCUCCUUCACCGAUAUCCCCAUAUCAAGGGGACUUGUCCCAAGCCCACAGACACAGCUGCAGCUUUUGCAGAAGAAGACAGACGUGGCCCUCACAAGCCCCCUGUUGGUUAAUCUUCUUCAGAGCGAUAUUUCUGCCAAGCAGUUCCCCUUCUCAAAUUCUUCUGGGGGUAAGACUACAUCUACCGGGACUGACACCCCAACAACUGGACAGCCAGGACCAUCAAGCCAAGAAACACUGGCAUCCCCAGCUCCUCCCAUAAAUUCAAGUUCACCAUUUAUGAUAGGAAAUGGCAUUGGCACCCUAACAGCCCCAAACUCUGUCAUUCCCAAUAUGUCCCCAUUUGUAACAUCCCAGGGAAAUAUACCAGGUUACAUAUCAACAGCAGGUCAGUUUAUACCACCAAGCACUCUGUUGCAAGCCCAGUCAGGACAGUUGUCCCAAGAGCAGCUGCAGUUUCAACUCAGUCAGUUGUCAGCUGCGCAGCUUUCGCAAGUGCAGGCACACCAUGCUCAAUCCUUUCAAGGUCACAUGCCACAGGGUCCAAUAAUGCCAGGUUCGAAUCAGAUGCCUCCGAAUCAGAUGCCUCCGAAUCAGAUGCCUCUGAAUCAGAUGCCUCCGGGUCACAUGCAGCCCUUUCAAAUGCCUGGUGGUCAUCAUCUACCAGGCCAACCCUUUCCAGGCCCCAUGCCUCAUAGUCAACUCCCAAAUGCCAGAAUGUCCAUUGGGCCAAUCAUAACUCAUGAUCCUAUGUCACAGGGUCAGAUGAGACUUGGAGGACCAAUGCACAUGGGGCACAUGCCUCGUCCUCCAAUGUCAGCAGAUCGUGGUCAGGUACUACCAAACGACCCAUCACCGAGUCAGAGUAGAGGACAUCUGCAUCAUAUGGGGCAGCUUCAGCAAGCCAUUGCUCCUCUUGUGUCAACAAGUAAUGUCCCAGGUCCUCCCUCGGCCAAUCCAAUGGAUACUUGGAAUACAGAUGGCACCACUGUUACUGCUCCAAGCUCAUCAGUUAAAGAAAAACAAGAAUUGUCGAUUGAUCCUCAAGCAAAGAAGGCGGAACAAAUUAAAGUUUCAGAUGCUGGCACAUCACAGCCUGGAUCAUCUCUUGAAAUAAGCAGAGAUAAUUCCAAGAAACCUGAUGCAGCAAAACAGCCUGAAGAAGAUGGUCAUGUGUUUGAUGAAGAGGCUGCACUUCUUGGAAUGACAGAGGCUGAAAGAGACACCAUGGCAGUCGCAGCCAUCAUUGCCAAAGAAGCUAAGAUGGCAGCUGAUGCCAAAAAUGGCAAAGCCCAGCAAAGCAAAGAAGUGCCGCCUCCAAAACCUGAGCUACAAUCACCUGUAAAUAGAGCAGCCACUCCUACUACCACAGUAUCAGUUAGUGAUGGAACUGCUUCAGUUGCUCAACAGGCAACAUCUACUCCCAGUGCACCAUCAACAAGAAGUUACACAGAAAGUCAUUUCAGUCAAUCAUCCUCACGAGGUGGACUGCCAACGCCACCUGUUGCUGAUAGGCGAUCAUCAAAUUCACCUGUUCGCUUGUCUCCCCCUAAGAUACCAGAGAGUGUGAAGCAGAGACGGACUCCUCCAUCUUCAAGUGCUAGACCAGUCCAACACCAGCAGCCACAAUAUGGUCCCAUCCCGGGUAGUUCUCCAUCUUCCAUGUCCUCGGGGAUUGCUGGUUUACAGACUCUCACCUCAAGGACCUUCUCUGCAUCAGCACAACCCUCAAUCCGUGACAUGGCAAUAACCAGAAACCCAGAGCACAACACCCUUAGUCAGUUUCUGAGCAGUGUGACUCCACCAACAGAAAUCCUUCAGAUGGCACCACUGUUCCGCAGCAGCAAACCGCAGGACACGGCACCUAAAUCAGCCCAAGCAUUUCCGCAGGGUCCCACAACUGCACCUAAUGACUGGCUUUCACUAGCAUCAGUUGAUGCACAGAAGCCUCUUCCUCUACCUGCUCAAAUUGGUGCAAGGACUCCGAUGCAGCCUGCAGAGUUCAGUGCAGCAACUGAAAGAAUGCUUGGCAGCAUUCUAGAUACACAGAAACCUACUCUUGCCAACAUUGAGCGUCCACCUAAUCAGCCAAGGGUGAUCACAACAGAGGGUAUUAACUUCAUGCACAAAUUGGUCGGAAGGGCACCUCCAUCAAAUAUCCAGAAUCAACCUUCACCAGGAGAUGCACCAGCUUCUAAAAAAGACACUUUUGAUCAGGCAACCUCAGGUGAUCUGGCCAAAAGGGAGGACAAAUCUCAACUCAAAGCACUUCUGAAUGAGAUUGUAAUCCCGGAGAAAUGCCCUUAUGAGAAGCAGUUCUUAUCAGAUGAUUCAAAGGCUGUAAAGCCCCAGACCACUUCAACACCCACUUCAGCUGACUCACACAGUCUCUUUCCCCCAGCCACAUCACAUCAAGUGGACGCAUGGCUUGGUUUUAAUCAUCCAGCAGUGUCAGUAGCACAAGCUGCUUCAAGGAAAACUGAUAGCAUAUCAAGUAAUAUCACCUCCAUCUAUAUUCCACCACCAGUCAUUGGCCAGCAGCAGCAACAACAGCAACAGCUAAAGCAACAACAACUGCAGCAAAAUAAUCAGCCAUUGCCAAUAGUGCAGCAAACUGCAGAAAGCUCUAAUGUUGUGACAACAGCAUCAGCAUUGGCUUCUCAAAGAGGGAUCAUAUCAUCACCAUCGGGCUUCGGAGUGGAAGGUAAAACCAGCCAAUCAGAUAGUGGUGUGAAGAGCUCCAUCCAAACUCCUCCACCUAUGUUUCAGAGUCACUCCAUGGGCACUUUGUCCCAGGCUGUAGCAGCCCACAUAGCUGAUGAGAACAUGCUGCGAUUUUCCCAGCAAGGUCUUCCUAGCCAGGCUGCAGAAAGUAUGGCUAGAGACUCCUCUGUAGCGAGACCUUCACAAUUCCUACAACAGUCCUUUCCUCCUGGUAUGUUGGCAAAGUCACCAAUUCCUCAUCCCCAACCACCUUCCCUGCCGGAAACCCCAAUGACAGUUUUGGAAAGAGCCCCCAAAAUUUUGCUGUCACCAGCCACUCUUUCAACAGCUUCAGAAGAAUUGAUCAAAAGCCUUGGUGCUCAUGGUACUAUAGCCACCCUAACACCUGAACCAGAGGCUGCCCCAGCUGCUGAAGCUGUUGAUACAAAACAAGAUAAGUGUUCUGUAGUACAACCACCUGCUCAACAGUUGCCGCAAUUAACAUCCCAAAAGCCUUUUGAAGAUGCAUGUCCUGAUACUGAGGCAUCUAAGAGCAUGGACGGAAAAGCACCUGUACAUGCAAGUACAGAAAGCAGCAUUCCCAACUUAGAAUCUGCCAUGAUGCAAACCAAAAACCAGUCCUUUAAACCUUCAUCUGUGACACCCCGACCACCAACACCUGCAACACAGUUAAAGGUUGAACAGCAGGUACAACAUACUGUGGCCACCCCUGAAGUUGAAGCAACAGUAACAGAACCACCUGCAACGAAUGCUCCAGUCACCCCCAUGACAACCUUUGAGUCGGCAGCAAUGACGAGUGUAACAACAUCAUCAACAACUGUUCAAUCAACAACUGAAGUUUCACAUCUGAUGCAGAUGUCAAAGAUGACCCUUUCACAGGUGAUGGCAACAUCAACUGCCUCGGAGCCAGAUACUGGAAGCCAUCCUGAAGCAAGCAUUUCAUCAGUGCACCCUUCAAUUCUGAUCCAACAACAGCCUGCAAUUCAGACACAGCCAGCUUUGCAUGACUCAGUUCCUCCAUCAGGAGAAAGGGGAAAUGCUUUGCCAUCUUCAAAAAUACCAGGACCAGUUCCGCACUCUGAGACUGUGGGAUUAAAAUCCUUGGACUACCAGACCUAUUCAUCCACUAAGCCAGCACUAGAGAAAACUUUAAAAUCAAGUCCAGAGAAAUUGAAGCAACUGAAUAUAGAAGCAACAUCAAAUUCUGAUGAGUCUGAAGCUGACAAGAAUACACAACAAAUGCACAAGAAGGCUGCAGGGGACAAGCGUAUGGGACAACAGAUUAAGACAUCUCCUGUACCUGUGGCCAGUUUAGGCCAUGCGACAACAACACCUCCUGCAACUGUUACAACACCUGUAAAACCUACAAUUUUCUCAUCAGCUUCAAGCACAUUGGUACAAGCCCAGUCAAUUAUGGUCAAAACUGCUGCAAUGUCUAGAACUUCUGGGAUCUUGAAGGCAGCAGAGCAGACAGCACGUCCUGUGCGAUCCAGAACACCACCUAGGGCAUCGCUCUCAACUCUUCCUCCAAACACCUGCAACAAUGAAUCUCUGGGUAGUGCCAGUGCUUUACUGAGCUCUAUAGCCAAGUCGGCUUGGACUGUCACCACAGCAAUGGCGUCGGCAGCAAAAGCUAAGGUAGUGCCAACCCCAAAGGCGACAGAUAAGAAUCUAACCCGGAUGCGAAGGUCUCCUGAGACACUCCCUCCGGUAGGUAAAAUGGCAGCUGGCGAGCGAGACAGAGGAGGUCAUGAAAUGCAAACUCAACAAAGCCGCACACCUCCAGCUUCAGCUAAACCCACAUCCAAGACUCCAGCUGAACCCUCUCUAGAGUCCUCACUGCCUUCAGUGAAGAGUCAAGAGGGUAGCCCACCCACAAAAGGCAGUGUCCAACAACAGCCACCACACCAUUCUGCACUAGUCCCAAUGGAACAGCCAGUAAGCUCUGCAGUUCCAGCAUUUCAUGCUGCUCUCCCGACAUCCUCAGCUAAAGACCUGCAGCAAACCCACUCUAGUAAAGCGGAAAACGAGAGUGCAUCUGCUCAGUCCCUGGCAUAUUCUAUAAUAUCAAGUCCCCCACCAGCUCCUACCAUAUCUUCCCCUCCCACACAUCCACAAGUAGUCAAAUCUCACUCAGUGCCAGGCAUGGAAUCCACAUCACCGGUCAGAGAUUCUUCAGCAAACACAGUCAUAUCACCUCUUCUUACCCAAGUACAAAAGCCAACGUUGCAGUCGACACAUUUCCACAGUAAUGUUGAACCUCAUUCUCAAACAUAUCAAGCUGUGCCAUCUAUUGAGGAGGCACAGAAACCCCAAACCGUGAAAGAGGUGAUUGCGAAAGAUGACCAAAAAGUCCCAUCGCAGUGUGAACCAAGGGUCUCUGUGCCACAAGUUCCACAAGCCACUGAUGACAAGCAGACCAUCCAAACUACUUCGGAGGCAUCUGCAGUCUCCACAUUAACGCCCACGUGCAUUCCUAUAGUUCCUAGUCACACAUCAGUUGGAGAAACAUCCAAGUCGUCCGGAGUAGAGACAGUUCCCCUGAGUCCCCCGAACAAUCAGAAUUCCCAGGAUAAAGCUCCAAUAAAAUCGACCAAUCAACCCGCUGAGGCAACAAUCGUCACGUCACAUCCUGGUCCCACAGUCACAUCUACUGUUCCUCAAACUCCCCUGAUUUCACCUUAUGCAAAUGAAACCGCUACUGUAGUCGUAUCAGAUGAUGGCAAUAAAAAUACACCAUUGCCAGAACCACUAGCUGAAUCUCGUAAACGAAUGCACACUGGAGAUGUAGGUGAGCCUGCUGUCAAACUGGCAAAGUCUGACACUCCAACUCCUGAAGUUGGGACACAGGAUGUAGAACAACCCCACAAGCAAGACAAAGAGGCAAAUAAGGAAAGAUCAACACCCACAGAAACCAAAGAUGCCUUACCAAUCCUAGAUGGCAAUAGCACCAAGCAAGAUACCUUGCAAAACAUUCAACCAAGUGCAGCAACUGUGGACAUUUUAGGAGUAACAGGACAGCUAGGACAGUCCAAAGAAAAGCAGGAGGUACUGUCACCCACAGAGACCCAUCCAGCACCAAAAGGAGUUCCCAGUGUUCCUGAGAUUACAAGAAAAGUUGAUCCAGCACAGCAGUGUGAGAGGAUACCAGAGACCACAUCACAGUGUUCAUCACAGCCUAGUGUAGUCCACGACUCCUGCAAAUCUCACAAGGAGAGCGUCAUCAUCAAAUCCGAUGUUUCACCUGAGCCGUCGCUCUUGAGCAAACCCGACCAAAUCACAAACCUGGUGGAGAAAGCCAUUCAGAUGGAUCCAGAUAAAGGCUGUUUAUUUGAAAAGGCAUCAACAUCUGAUGUCUCUGCAGAAAUGCCUAGAUAUUUGUCAGGACAGCACAAUCUGGAACAUGCAGCCGAGGAGGUUGUUCAACCACCUCCCAGCCAGAAAACUGAAAUGAUCACAAAACACCCGGAGAAGGAACCGAGCAAGGAUGGAGGAGUCAAAAUGUCGAGGGAACCUGAGGGGGAGCUGGAACCACGUAGGACAAGACACACCUCAGAGGAGGUCCCCGGUAUGUCCACGAGGAGCCUUCGCAGCGGACGGAGGUCGCCAGGAGAACUAGUUUCCAAAGGGAAGGAUAAAGAGAAAGAAGAGUCCCCUCCAAUAACCAGAGGAAGAGGGCAGAAAGAAAAGGAGAUUCCAGGCGAGUCGGAGGCCGACGCUCUGUCAAGGAAGAGAAGCACACGCUCAUCAGGAAGGGACAUGUACUACGGGCCCAUCCCAUCCUACAAGAGACGUAAGACGAACCAGAAGUAGAUGUGCGACAGCAACUUGGUUCUCAAAGCUAUAAGUGCAGGAAGACAUGUAGGACAAUAUGUGUCGGAGCACUGCCACCAUAACUCUUCAAGGAACACGGGAGGGUCGAGGGUUGUUGAUUCAUCCAAGACAUCAAGCUAAGGCCUGUGUCAAGUUCAUGGGGCUGCCAAGCUGAAUAUUUCCUGAGCAAAAUCGUGUGCUGAGCAAAAUCGUGUGCUGAGCAUAAACAGCUGAGAUAGUGCCACAAGAAACGCUGCACAAAAUUCUGGUUGGU